GGAAAUGGACGACUUUUCCCUUUACUCCAUUGGACUGAGCCGCUGUCAGUCGGUUUCCAUCACGCGUAACACCGUCCGCCUCUCCGGGUCUCUGUCUGCUGAGACCGCCGUCAUAUUGGCUGCUAGAAGCAGCAGCGACCACGGUAGAAAAGAAGACCCCCACCAUGACGAAGAACGGGUUUUCGCGGCUCCAAAAGAAUAAUAUAUAUUUUUAAAGAUAUUUGAUUAGUAUUUAACGAAUUCAUUUUAAAAUAUCGGGAUGAUACCGUCAAGUUUUCGCGUACCUUCAGUGCUUUCAUCUGACACCGUGGUCCGCAAGGGGGAUGUAUGCCUGACUUCUCUUAAUAGCCAUUUUUUGCAGACAAAGAGAGCUGUUGAAUAGGGCUUUCAAACGGCAAAAGGGUCCGAGGGGCUCCUAUUGAUGAAGAAAGUGGGCAACAUGUGGAGCAACCUGAAGAGCAGAUGCCAGACACUCUUUCACAACAACAGCUCAGAACCCAGUGAGAGCAGGGUGGAGGCCGAUGGCGUCCACUGUGUGGUGGAGCUUGGAGGUAGCUCAGGUGAGGCGGAGGCAUCAGGAUCCUCCAGCCCAUCCCGGAGCCUCCUGCCAGUGCCGAUGGUCACAGCAGGACGGCGCCAUCACAACUGUGUAUCGGACAUCCCUCAGAUAGUAGAGAUUACAAUUGACAAGGACUCUGAGGAUGUGAGGGGGGGAUCAGGUGGUGUUCCCCUGGCCCGAAGAGACUCAUAUUCCCGUCAUGCUCCAUGGGGGGGCAAGAAAAAACACUCGUGUUCCACCAAAACCCAGAGCUCUCUGGAGACGGACAGGCGGUCCGGGCGCCUGCGGGGGAGCGGGAGCCGCAGGGACCGGCGCUAUGGAGUCAGCUCCAUCCAGGAGAUGAGCGACUCCGUAUCCGGAGGACGUAGUCUGAACGGCCGCUCUCUGCGCCAGCGGCUCAGUGACACCGUCGGGCUGUGCUUACCCCUGCCCGCUCGCAGACGCCCCCGCUCAUCUAAGAACCCCGUCACCUCCAAACGUAAGAUCCACCUGACGGAGCUCAUGCUGGAGACCUGCCCCUUUCCACCGGGCUCCGACCUGGCUCACAAGUGGCACUUGAUCAAGCAACACACAGCACCGGUCAGCCCGCAUUCCUCCACAGCCCUGCUGGAUGCCUUUGACCCCGCCCACCCAUCACCUGAGGACGAGGAGGAACGCCUGCGUGAGCGCCGAAGACUUAGCAUCGAGGAAGGUGUGGACCCUCCACCUAAUGCACAGAUCCACACCCUGGAGGCCUCAGUGCCGGGCUCCUCUCUCUACAAACUGGGACCAAAGUUGGCUCCUUGCACCGGAGAGGCCUCUGGGGAGGGACGGGCGUCAGGGGGCUGGCAGCUCUACGGGCAGCUCUACGGGCGCCGGAUCAUCGGGGCCUGUGCACAGGUGUUGGGGGCUGUGGUGUCAGCUCAGGACUGUGACUCAGAGGAGGAUUCCACCACCCUCUGUCUGCAGGCCAGGAGGCCCAAGCAGAGGCACGCCUCUGGGGACGGUCACCUGAGCCGGCAGCAACCCGGGCCCUGGAAGGUUCACACUCAGAUAGACUAUAUCCACUGCCUGGUGCCGGACCUGAUGCAGAUCACAGCUCUACCCUGCUACUGGGGCGUGAUGGACCGCUACGAGGCCGAGGCGCUGCUGGACGGCCGGCCUGAGGGCACCUUCCUGCUGCGAGACUCCGCCCAGGAGGAUUACCUCUUCUCCGUUAGCUUCCGCCGUUACAACCGCUCCCUGCACGCCCGCAUCGAGCAGUGGAACCACAACUUCAGCUUCGACGCUCACGACCCUUGUGUUUUCCACUCUUCCACCGUCACAGGACUGCUGGAGCACUACAAGGAUCCCAGCGCCUGCAUGUUUUUCGAACCGCUGCUUACUGCGCCUCUCCAUCGGACCUUUCCCUUCGGCCUGCAGCACCUGGCACGAGCCGCCAUCUGCCGCUGGACCACUUACGAUGGUAUAGGCUCUCUGCCGCUGCCCCCUGCCCUGCAGGACUUUCUCAAGGAGUAUCACUAUAAACAGAAAGUACGAGUUCGCUGGCUGGAGAGGGAACCGCAACUCAAGGUCAAAUAGGGUGGGCUUCUCCAUUGCCUGUACACACACACUGCAGGAGGAUUACAGAACUUAAAAAAUUCUUCAUCAGCCAAUUAGAGGCUAUAUUAACAUGGCUCUCUGGUGAGGGGUGGGAUUGAAAUGUAACAAGCUAUACAAGAUUCAUUCUAAUCUUUGUUUUAGUUAUUACUUACAUCACAGAAAAUACAUAUGAUUAUAUUCAGUAUAACGCUGUCUGGCAAGCACAUGUUUUUGUGUUGAACAGGUUGUUUUGACAGGGAGGGAAGGCACAGAUAUCAGUGCUUUGUGUCUUUGCUCUCCUGCUUUGUGCUAAAUGUCUGCCUGAUCCCACAACAUCACCCUGCCUGUAGACCUGCCUGCAUGCCUCCCUUACUCAUCGCAAUUUGCUAUUUAGGCCCACAUGGCUACAUUGUAAAGUUCACUUUGUGAUUUCUCAAUUUUUUUUCUUCCUUAGCUUGUCGAAGCACCUAGCGUAGCACCUUCCCGACAGGGUUUUAAGGUGUGUGUGGGUUGAGAGGGCAUCUGGAGAUGCGUUUUGAUUUAUUGCAGUCAGAGCUUGUCCCAUGGAUGGAGCUUCGUAAGGCACAUUCUUUGCCACCUCUUUGCACACAAUGAGCAUCAGCUAAGCCAGGGGCAGAUUCUCAGAGGGUCCAUGAGUUCAGGACAGCACAUCAGGGAAAUGAAGUGCUUUUAAGUACUACAGAUUAGUCCUUUGAAAAACAGUACUUCCUCCUAAGGCAGUAAUAGUAAAUGAUGAAUCCGUCAACUGUGUCCUAUUUAGUCAGCAAGCUGAACUUUAUUCCCACUGUGCAGCAUUGCUUUCAAAACGAAAUAUGUUCUCCCAUCGGUCCCUUUUAACAAUUACCAUUGUUACAGUUGUCACAUCAGUCUGUUCAUUCUUCAUUAGCCACAGAUGCUUCCGCUCUGAGCGCACAGUUCAUUUCAUCUUGUAUGAAAUGAAGCUCUUUGACACUUGUAACACUGUUGCUUUGAACAUUUGUUAGAGUAAGGAAUACUAACACGUCUUCGCAGGAAUUGAAAGCACGUGUGAUGAGCUGCAAGUGAGACAAAAAGAUGGAGUUUCGAUUUUAAAACAUGGAUGAAUUGAUCUGCUCAGGCUUGUCUGGGAAUACGCUGUCUCAUGAGAGGACACCAUAUUGUCAUGCAUUGGGGAGAACUUAGCAAGAAUCUGCUUGUUGAAAUCAUAAACACUCACGAUUUGAUUGCAUUACAUUUUCCUACUUAAUUUAUAUUUCUUGUAUGAAACCAUUUAAAAUAGUGUUUUUAUGAAAAGCACUGCGUCACUAACAGGAAAGAGGUGAUGUAGCCUUUAGGACUUAAUGUCCCCUACUUUACAACUUUAUUAAUAUAUAAGGUUUAGACACUAACAAAUCCCCUUAUUGCCCAGUCGCAUUAUAGUCAUAGCAAUAGCACUAAAGGCUAACACUCGACUCUGGAGAGGUUGGCAUUACUCAGAGCUUUAGUUACGUCAUCUGAAUAAUUUUAGUUGUUACUUGGGACAAAAACACUGCUGCUGGCAAGCCGGUCAUUUCCGUUUGGUUCUCAUUUGGAGGGGAGAAUAAGUGUACCCUAUGUGCCUUUUUAAGAGAACCCUUUAUCUUAUUCCAUAAUCAGUUGCUUUGCAGUCCAACCUGCAGCAGGAGGGACUGAAGAGAACAACAAUGAAAAGGUGCAUGAGCUCCAAGCUCACUUACUUAUGGUGCACGUUCAAGUUUUUGAUAACAUUUCAGCGGUGCUAUGUUGGAUAAGCUAUGACGGAUUAUUGAAUCGAUAACUUGUUCAUUAGUUCAAUGUGUUUUCACUCGCUAAAGCAUGCAGUUUUCUCCCAGUUAUCGUAGUAUUAGUUUGUUAGUGGGUCCAAUGCCAGCCCUACUGUAGCAUAUUGAAAGAUAUGAAUGUCUAAUCUGCAACAUCUGGACAUACAGAUCAGAAGAAAGUGUACGAUUUGAGUUAGUUUUGAUCCAACCUCUUAUGAAAGAUGUCAGCAAUUAGGUUUAAACUUAUUGAGAAAUAGUAUUUGUUUAUUUGUUAUACUAAAAACAAUACACAUCACUUAGUUUAAAAGAAAUUGAAUUACUUUACGAUUUUGCACAUGACUUUGGGGGAAGACCAGCAGCCCUUGUGGCAUGUUUUUUAACAAAUAUGAUCACAGAAUGCCACCAGGUGAUGUGUAUAAACUCAUAUGAAAGCUCAAACACACAUUGAAAUCAGUUCUCAAACUAGUUAAUGUUUUAGUUUGUGUGUACGCAUCAGCCCAUGUUUUAGAGAAUUGUAGUUCUCAUCAGUGAGGAUGAAUCACGAACAAAUGUUUCCCAUGAAUAUCUGAGCCUGUGACCAAAGCUCUUGCUACACAUCUAUGUGUAAAUAACUAGUCGUAUUUCAAACCAGUGAAAGCUAGCUCCACACUACAGUAUGUUCGACAGCUUUUAUUUAUUCAGAACCUGGCCCUGUCGAGCUCACACCUACACACUGAAAUUAACGCCAAAUAAAAACCUUCCCCCCGCCAAACCAUUAACGUGUUUUCACUCGUUAGUCAGGCAGGAAACAAGACACAUUUUAUGCAGGUGCUAAAAGAUAAUUGCUGUAGGUUAACAUGUCUCAUAUCUCCCUAACCCAUUGUAAUGUUCUCCCCUGCAUUGUGAACAUUUCUUCACGUAAGAGUCCCGAUCAUUUUCCGUUGCCCUGCACUUUGUUCUCAGAAAGCUUGAAUAUCGCGUAUGUGUUAGGAGUGGCAGGAGUGAGUGUUGAGCGGAGGAGGGGAAUAAGGUAGACAUUUGCUUGUAUGUGCACUUUCUGGAUUUUUUAGUAUCCACACUGUCGAGUAGAAGAAAUGAAAACCCACACACAUUAGCUCACUCUCACCUGUCCAUCAUGCUCCUGCAAAGCAAUAACAUCCUUUACAGUGACCCGCCCCCCCCUUGCAGGCACUAAUCACAGGCUAAUUUUACCAUGUUAAAUUUACCGGGUACUAAAAGGGCCACUCUGUGUUGCCUUAUGGCUGCUGUGUGGCUGAGGGAAGCCUUUUUUAUUUGUAUUAUUCUAUCCAACUGCUCUCCCUCCAUCUGGCCACAUCCCUCACAUCACUGUGCUGAUGUGGAGGGGGGGUCUUUAUCAGACCCCAUGUUAACAUUAAGGAGGAGGAAAGAUGGCUUCCUGUUGUGGCUCACAGAGAAGGCUCGGGAUUCGCUGAAGUAAAUAGCACUUUAAUCGUGUAAUUGUGUUCUACAGUGCAGUCUGGAAGUGUGCGGACAGUGACACGUUUCAUCGUAUUGGCUCUUUACUCUGGCAUAUUGGACCUAAACUAAAAGAAGUUAUCCUUAGUGACAACUAUAUCCACAUUGCUGUAUAAAUGUACCUCUUUCAGAGACUUAAGUCAUCAUAUUUAGUAUUUGUCUGCUCUGGUGGUGUUCUGCCAAUUAUAAUCUUCAAUUAUUGUAACUGAUAUUGCGAUAUGAUUCAUAUCAGUGGGAACGCUCAUGUUUGCAUUGUAGUAGAAUAUAGUUUGACAGGAUUCGGACAUUGCAAUAGUCCGUAUGGAAAAUGCGAUACAAUUCUGAUGAAUUGUUCAGCCCUACUGCAAGGCUUUUAUUCUUCAGUCUUACUUGUUUUGGUAAAUAUAAAAAUAUCCUCAGGUGGACUGAAGUCAGGUGACUUGGCAAAUCAUAGAUAUUCUGUCUUGGCCCCUUAUUGGUCAUCUUGUCUGUAUGUUAAUGAUCAUUGCUUUACAAUACUUUUGGGUGGAGGUUUAUACAUCCAAGAUGGUUAUAAUCAUUCAAACAACACUAAAAGCGCUUUAAUCUUUAUUUUUAGCUGUCAAUUGUAAUCCAAUAUGCUGCACUACAGAGCCCAAACUGAAAAUGUCCCAACUGUCCAAAUCUCUUAUGGACUGCACUGUCUGUGUUUUAGCUGAAAAUGGCGAGACUUGUGUGAGUGUUAAGCAAAGAGCCGGCGGUCCUGAGAUAUUUCACUUUAUAUUCAGGCAUUGUGGCGACGGAGGUGUGUUCUCCACCAUGUGUUGUGUGGGGGUGUAUCAGUGUAACGGACAGAGCCACGCGGAGGGUUCCAGUGGAGGGAGGACGCAGAGUGGACUGUGAGGGGUGAUGACAGUGACUCCUAUGAACAAAGCCUCUCUGCCCAAAAAACCCUUUUAUUCUCAGGCAGGCCCAUUGCAAGGAGAGUCCCAGGACUCUCUCGACCCAGUUUUCCCCAUGGGAAAUAUCUGACAUUAACCGUAGCACAUGUUUGCCAUAUAACCCGUAGAUUUAGGAGGAGAAAAAAAAACAUUGUAUGUAUGAUGAAUGAUGGAGUAAUCUAAUAGGUUGAAAAUAAGUUUUAAUCUUCUGUGGUGCAUUAACUGUCUGGAACACAAAACAUUUGCACACAUAUGCUAUCACACUUCUUCUGACACCUGCACUACCCCCAGUAUAGAGUGGUGUAGUGAUGAUGUUUUCUGUUAGCCAAACCCGGAAGCUAGCAUCACAAGCUCUCUCGACCAAAAGCAAUGACAUAUUUCCAUUGCAGAAUUUAAGAUUUGUGCUAAACACACAUUUAUGAUACUUGCACACUUUGUUCAGCAGGUUAAUUUUUACAUAUUAACAAGACUUGUAUUAUAUUUGAAGUAUAAAUUCAAUCCCUAUAAUGAAAUGGCUUACCUAAGGCUAUAAAAAAAACUGGCUGGACAUUUGGCCGUGUGUCACAACCGCUAAGCUUAAGGUGGCUACUAUUCGUUUAGUCGUCCCGUUUAGCCAUUUGUUAGCAGCCACCAAGCAUAAAAGCAUCAGAAAUUCACAAGUGGGGAAUUUUAUUGACAUCGUUGAACAAAAUGUGCAAAUCUCUUAAGCUUGUGUUAACCACAGACAGAAAAGUUUGAGACGAGGGAACCCAAACAUGCUAAAAUGCUAACUAAUUUCUGAGUUUUAAGACUCCUGCACCACUCUAUCCACACCCUCCCACCACCCCACCCCUAAAGCCAGGGAUGUGUAUAACAUGGACCACAUUUAGCCAGCACCACCUUUCUGUGUUACUCCCCGCCACCACCCCCCCAAAAAAAGGGAGAGCAAAGACUGGUGUUUACGUGUAUAUUCUAUGUUCUUAAGGAAAAAAGACUAAAUUGCCGUGAACUAUUUUGACCUUAUAUUGUCAUUAGUAUGACACUAUUUAGCUGCACUAUGAGAGCCUCGAUUGUGGCGAGAAACCACUGGGUCUGGUCUGGUUUGAGACGCUAGCUGUCCCACUAAACUACAGCAACACCCCCCGCAUGAAGGACUCCUUAACCACCCCCCUUCCUCCACCACCACCUAGGUACGACUCAUGGUUUCAGCCCUUAGAGGACAAACAAAACAAAAGAUAUUUUAAACCUUUUUUUUUUUUUUUCAUGUUCCCAUAUUUUAGAAAGCUGAGUUAAGUGCUAUAUGCAAACAGAAAAACAUGUAUGAAAGAAUUAUUAUUUUUCAUUAUUACUUCUCCCUAAUAUGCAAUGGAGUGUAGUGUAACAAUGGUUGCAAUCGUCUGUCACUUUAAUGCUGUACGUGCACAUUGGUUGCUGUGUGGAUGUGGGUGCCGAGGCAACAGGACUUGACAAUGAUGGGAACUAAUGGUUGUCACUCCGCAGCACCGCCGUGUUCCCAGACCGCCUUAUUCGUUCUGACCAAUCACAAGAGCCCUCCUCUAAAGUCCCGGGCCGCAGCCACUGCCACAGGCCGAGCAAGCUGUCGUCAGACGAAUAUCGCCGUUCCAUUUCUUCUUCUGCUUUUCCUUGCUUUUAUUUUUCUUUCCUUACCCUUUUUUUUCUUUACUUCUGCUGUCAGGUAGGAUUUGGAGCGUGUAAAUGGCAUAAUCAUGUUUCACAUUUCACUGUCUGUUCCGUGUAUCUGCUUCACCAUUCAAAGAGAAAAAAAAUACAGUUGUUUUCCAGUAUAACCUGUUCAUUUUAAAGAGCCGUAUGAUGCGACACUUGUAGCUGUCACUCUUGGUGCUUGGCUUACGCUUCAUUGUCUUAAUAUUCCAAAUAAAACUGUUAAGUGUAAUCCACACUGGCCCAUGAUAUAAUAUU